GCACCAGGAGAGCGCCGCUACGGGCGCGAGGCCCGUGCGCGGCCAUGAACGGGACGGCCAACCCGCUGCUGGACCGCGAGGAGCACUGCCUGCGGCUCGGGGAGAGCUUCGAGAAGCGGCCGCGUGCCUCCUUCCACACCAUCCGCUAUGACUUUAAGCCAGCAUCUAUAGACACUUCCUGUGAAGGAGAGCUUCAGGUUGGCAAAGGAGAUGAAGUCACAAUUACGCUGCCACAUAUCCCUGGGUCCACGCCACCCAUGACUGUGUUCAAGGGGAACAAGCGGCCGUACCAGAAGGACUGUGUGCUCAUCAUUAACCACGACACCGGGGAGUAUGUGCUGGAGAAACUCAGCAGCAGCAUCCAGGUCAAGAAGACGAGAGCUGAGGGGAGCAGUAAAAUCCAGGCUCGGAUGGAGCAGCAGCCCCCUCGGCCCCCACCGCCAUCACAGCCACCACCACCUCCACCGCCCAUGCCGUUCAGAGCUCCAACCAAGCCUCCAACUGGACCCAAAACAUCCCCCUUGAAGGACAACCCCUCACCGGAACCUCAGCUGGAUGACAUCAAAAGAGAGCUGCGGGCCGAGGUGGACAUCAUCGAGCAGAUGAGCAGCAGCAGCGGGAGCAGCUCCUCCGAUUCUGAGAGCUCGUCGGGCAGCGAUGACGACAGCUCCAGCAGCGGCGGCGAGGACAACGGCCCCGCGUCCCCCCUGCUGCCGCCGCCCCACCAGCCGCCCUACGGUAGCCGGCCAGCCGUGGCCAACGGGACCAGCCGGCCACAGGGAAGCACGCAGCUCAUGAGCACCCUCCGAAACGACUUGCAGCUGAGUGAGUCUGGCAGUGACAGUGAAGACUAGAGCCGGGUCUUUCCAAGCCAGCUGUCCAGGGCACCUGCCGCCGUGAGCACGGGCACUUCGGCGCGAGCCCGCUGCCAAGGGGAGGACGCGGUGGGUCGGGGACUGUGGGAGGAGGGAGGCUCUCGGGCCUCGGAUAUCCAUGUCUUUAACUUAGUGGUAAUGGGUGAUUUUCUCGUGUAAUUUUUGAACAAUUUCACGUUUCAGAGUUUCAGUAGAUCUGUAGAAGAACUAACAGAAUCUUUUCUUAUUUGGUUAACACUGUUAAUGAAGAACAGACAGGCAUGCCCUGGUCUAGGUGCUCAAAGGCGUCUCUUCACCUGGCCAGUGAUUUCAAUUUUAACCCUCAGCAGCCACCAGCUUGGCCAGAUGGUUUGCACCAGUGAAAGAAAAGGCAGUCUCAGGGCGGGAGAGGGGGCCCUCCCCCUGCAGCACAGAAGUGUGUCUAAGCCACUUUAACUUGUUGCCCUGAAGUGGUAAGGAAGCUGUCUGACCACCCCCGAGUCAGCCUGGGGUCCCUGCAGCACUGUCGGUCAGGCCCUUGUCUGCAAGCGAGGGGAAGCAUACGGCUGGUUCACGGCCAGCCUGGCCCCCAUCCGGGCCUUGCCCACUGCUCCCUGCCCUGAGUCUCACUUACUAGAACAGAGAGUCUUAUACUUGGGAAUCAGAGUUGUGUGCUGGAACUUGCACUGGCUUCCAGAAGACAGAAUUGUUGGCUACUUAUAGCUCCAUUUGAGAUCCAAACAGCCCCUAAAUACACAAGGCGGGGGGAGCAGAUUAAAGCAGUGGCCGCCACGCUGAGGCUCGGCGUUCCACACGGACCAUACUGGUGUCCUUCCAAGGGGUGGUGGCGGCGGGGGAAGGAACCUUUCUGAGCACAGGACCCAGCGGCCGGUUUCCACACCAGGGUCUGGAUAGGCGUUAGCGGGGAACAAGCAGCAGUGUGUGGUGAGGUCUUUCUGUUCGUGCUUCUGAAGCACUUUGCGCGCCUGGCUCCCAGACCGCGCCUGGCAGAAAGUCACAGGUUGCCUCCGGAGUUGCAGUUUCCAGGCGAAUCCGCUGCUGCAGGAAACCGGCCACUAGUCACAUUCCGUGUUCAGUGGACGUGUGCUAAACUGGCCCGCAGUUCCCGGGGAGUAGCCCGUUCCAGCAUUUGAGUGAACAUGUUCUGAGAAACUCCGUCUGCUUUGGCUCAGUGGGCAUCAGGAACAUUAAGAGCAAUUCUCCCUGGGGAUGGCCUUUCCCUUCCCAGCCCCAGAGGGGAGCGGUCUGGACCCAGAAAGGCAGAGGGACAGGCUGGUGCCCUGUGGUGGGGUCUGAGCCCGGACGCGGCUUCAGCGGGCUUCAUGGUGGGGAGAGCUGACUUAGAGUGAACGGAUACUUGCUUUUUAAUUCCUCGGUAGCGGCAGCUCAGGGAAGGUCAGGUCCUGGUUGGGAGACUUGUUGCAGGACGUGGGGGUGGUUUCCCUGCCCUCUGCAUGCUCAGGCUGGGGCAGGUUCCAGGAACUUGAACUAAAAAGUAGUCUACCUAAGCCUCCCUCUUGUAGUUUUGCCCAAAGUCCUGAUUUAUAUGGACAGACUGUGGUUUGGGGCAAGUCGGGUCAAGGUGUUUAUUUCAUAGGAAGUGCUCGUAGGUGGCCGUGGGCUGGGUGAGCCGGUGCGCUGAGCUGGGACCCUCCCCCCGUCACUCCCGGCGCAGCCCUGCCGGUGUAUCAUCUGCGAUCACAGCUCCAGGCUUGUUCUCUGCUCAGGCUUUCGGGGUUCCCUCUCCUCCCCCUCCAGCUUUACCUGACAGAGUGAGGAAUCUUUUCUCUUUGGAAACCCAGAAUUUGGCCCCACAGACUGCUUCUCACGAGAGCCCUCCCGCCAGCUGAGCUGGACUUGCUCUCUCUGGGUCUGUGCCUUCUCAGCCCCGUACCGCCACCCCGGCCCCUCUCCCAGGGCUCUGUGGCUGCCCUGUUCCUGGGCUCUUCCUCUGGGUUUCAGCCAACUGGAGUUCCAUCUGCACACACGGCCCUUCCUCUCGCUUGGGCUCUGGUUAGCAGGAACGCCUUCUAAGCAGGAGCCGCCAUUCUCCCCUCCUUCCCUGGAGUGUACACGGGACACUCGGUGCUCACAGCCUGCAGGGAGGGGCAGGGGAGCAGCCUGUGGAGCGCAGGGGCACGCGGAGGGCCAACAUUCCCAACACUUGGAGACAGCCGAAAACUACCCGUGCUGAUUUCCACGGGUUUGAAGUCUCAAGCUAAAUAGUUUAAAUUGCCUUUUCUUUGUUCUGUGUGACAUCUGCCAUGUCGUGGGCCACUCAGCAACUCCCAAGUAUCUCAGGAGCCAUGGCAACUUGCCGCAGUCAAGACGCAGUCUGGGGAAACUUAAACAGACUAGAGCUUUGUCCGGGUGCCACUCAUCAACCAUUUACCAUUUUAUUUCUGCAGCAGAA